AUGGGCUAUAAUAUAGCAAUGGUUUGUGACUUUUUCUACCCACAACCUGGUGGUGUUGAAUUUCACAUAGAAUCAAUUGAUAUAGUUCAUGGUCAUGCAUCAAUGAGUAGUUUGGCACAUGAAGGAGUUUUUCAUGGGUCUAUUAUGGGUCUCAAAACAGUAUUUACAGAUCAUUCAUUAUAUGGAUUUGCUGAUACAGGAAGUAUAUUGGGUAAUAAAGCUUUAAAAUUCACCUUGAAUUGUACAGAUCGUGUUAUUUGUGUCUCAAAUACAUGUAAGGAAAACAUUGUGCUACGUGGUGCUAUUGAUCCACUGUUAGUUUCAGUUAUACCCAAUGCAGUUAUUUCAACAGAUUUUUUACCAGACCCUUCAAAACCAAAGGAUGAUAAAAUUACUAUUGUGGUCAUUUCAAGAUUAUUUCCUAAUAAAGGUGCUGAUUUAUUAACAGGUAUGAUACCCAAGAUUUGUCAAGCAAAUUCAAAAGUUAAUUUUCUUGUUGCAGGUGAUGGACCAAAAUUUAUUGAUAUUCAACAAUCAAUUGAAAAAAACAGAUUACAAGAUCGUGUUGAAUUAAUAGGUGGUGUCAAACAUGAAAAAGUUAGAGAUGUUAUGGUUAAGGGUCAUAUUUAUUUACAUCCUUCAUUAACCGAAGCUUUCGGUACUGUUCUUGUUGAAGCUGCUUCAUGUGGAUUGUUAGUCGUUACAACAAGAGUUGGUGGUAUCCCAGAAGUUUUACCAAAUGAUAUGACAAUUUUUGCAAAUCCAGCAGUUGAUUCUCUAGUGGAAAGUACGCUUCGAGCUAUUAAAAUUAUUGAAGAAAAGAGAAUUGAUCCUUCAAAGUUUCAUGAUGAAGUUAAACAUAUGUAUGAUUGGACAGAUGUUGCUAUAAGGACAGAAAAUGUUUAUGAUUCAAUUGAUGAAUCUUCGAAAUUAACUACAUUAGAACAAUUUAGAAAAUAUUAUAUAAUGGGUUUAUCCAAGGGAAAAUAUAGAUAA